AGACAGACAGACAGACAGACAGACAGACAGCGAGCGAGCGAGCGAGCGAGCGAGCGAGCGAGAGAGAGAGAGAGAGAGAGAGAGAGAGAGAGAGAGAGAGAGAGAGAGAGAGAGAGAGAGAGCGAGAGAGAGAACGAGAGAGCGAACGAGAGAGAGAAAGCGAUGAAUGAGGGGGAAUUCACUUAGGCGCUUUAAAUAACUUGUUGUGUUUGUUCUCAAUAUGCAAUUCAGGCUUCUCAUGCAAUUCAGGCACUUCAGACAGCAUCACUGCCCUACCGCUAACUGCUGUUUUUGGCUCCCCUGCACAGCCUGUGAUGUUGCACGAAAGCUGUGUAGUGGACGGCAGCGGAGGAAGUGACUGAUAUUCACAAAGGAGUCAGCGACGAAACAGCCCGCGCGCCUGCUCUUGCCGCAGCAAUGGAUGCGAUCGGUGUUUCCUAUACGAACCCGUUAGAUGACUACGAGCUAAUACGCCGAAUUGGGAGCGGCACAUACGGGGACGUCUUUAAGGCUCGGAACCUCCAGACGUCUGAGAUUUCUGCCAUCAAGGUGGUCAAACUGGACCCUGGUGAUGACAUCACAUGUAUCCAGCAGGAGAUUACCAUGAUGAGGGAAUGCUCACACAGAAACAUAGUAGCGUACUACGGCAGCUACAACAGGAACAACAAGCUAUGGAUCUGUAUGGAGUUCUGUGGAGGAGGAUCCCUGCAGGAUCUCUACAGAGUGACGGGCCCUCUGAAGGAGAGACAGAUAGCAUAUGUCUGCAGAGAGACGUUACAGGGACUGCAUCACCUGCACCAAGCUGGUAAAAUGCACAGAGAUAUAAAGGGAGCCAACAUCUUACUGACAGAGAGAGGAGACGUCAAACUGGCGGAUUUUGGCGUAGCGGCCGAGAUCAACGCCUCAGUGGCCAAAAGGAAAUCCUUCAUCGGCACCCCCUACUGGAUGGCGCCCGAGGUGGCAGCGGUGGAGAAGAAGGGCGGGUACGACCAGCUGUGUGACGUCUGGGCGUUGGGCAUUACGGCCAUCGAGCUGGCUGAGCUGCAGCCGCCCAUGUUCGACCUGCACCCCAUGAGGGCAUUGAUGUUGAUGUCGAAGAGCAACUUCCAGCCUCCCAAGCUGAAGGACAAGGCCAAGUGGUCGGCUGCCAUGCACAGUUUUGUGAAACUGUCUCUGACCAAGAACCCUCGCAAGAGACCCACAGCAGAGAAGAUGCUGCAGCAUGUAUUCGUGACCCAGCUGCUCACCAGGAACCUGGCCAUCGAGCUGCUGGACCAUGCAGGGAACGCUGACCUUCUGACCUCACAGACCAUGGACGAGUCUGACCUGGAGACCUGCAGUGCAUUCCCUGAUAAGAUCCAGUCAUUGGCGAGACACCAGCCUCCCCAGACGACACAGUCAGAGGAGGAGUUUGGUCAGGUGCUGUUCCCCUGUCCUCUGAGGAAGGAGGGAGAGCCUGAUCUGGGCAGCUAUGAGGACUGGUGUAUGGUUGAAGAGGAGAGCAGCUCUCUGGGUCUACUAGAGAGUGUGGAGGAGGCCCUUCAGGGCAGGAGUCUGACCAUGAAGAGAGCGCCCUCGGGUGGGGACUCUCCAGAGGAGGACUGGGGCGGCACAGUGAAGCGAAGCCCCGCCCCCUUGCUGUCAACCGUCCCUAUUUACCCCCCCGAAGGUUACCCAGGUUAUACAGACCCCUCCCCCUCCACUGGCCCCACCCCCUUCACUCCCACCAGCACAUCAACAGACCAAUCAAAAGCCUUGUCAUCAGACGCGGUACUCUUCAGCUCCUCCCUUUUCACUGAUGACUCCAUCUUCUCUGAGCUCACCCUGUCUGACUCCCCAGAAGAGGGCAACAGUGAGGCGCAGGGUCAGAAGGCGGAGGAGAGGCCCCGCCCCCUCCCACCCCCAGCGUGGACCCUGAGGAGGAACACUGAGGACACGGGGGAGGUUUGUCACGGACUUCCACCCACACCCAAAGUCCACAUGGGGGCGUGUUUCUCCAAAGUGUUCAACGGAUGUCCACUGACUGUCCACUGUGCGGCCACAUGGGUUCUACCCAAGACCAAAGACCAGCACCUGAUCCUGGGCACAGAGCAGGGCAUCUACACCCUGAACCUCAACGAGCUCCACGAGGACAGCAUGGAGAAGUUGGUGGCUCAGAGGUGUACGUGGUUGUAUGUGAUGAACAACGUCCUCAUGUCUGUCUCAGGUAAGUCUUCUCAGCUUUGCUCCCAGCGGCUCACCUCCCUCUUCGACCAGCGCAGAUGCAAGAGGCAAGGGCAGCUGUCAAUCAACGCUCACCGCCUAUCAGAGAGGAUAAACUCCAGGAAGUUCUCCAUAUCAGGGAAGGUUCCAGACACUAAGGGUUGUCGGCGCUGUGCUGUAGUGCGUAGCCCCUACACAGACAGUGUGUUCCUGUGUGCGCUGGUUCCUACAGGCCUGGUUCUGCUGCUCUGGUACGAACCCCUGCAGAAGUUCAUGCAGUUGAAGCACAUAACCAUCACCCUGCCAGAGUCUCCUCCUGUAUUUGAGCUGCUGGUCAGAGAGAGGGAGGAGCUUCCACAGCUUUGUGUGGGCGUGAGCAGACGCCAGUCACCCGACCGCAGCCAUGCCCCCGGACACAUCAGCUUUCACAUCAUCCCUCUGGAUGACUCUCCUCCGCUAACCCCGCCCCCAACAUGGCCACCGCUACAGGUGGUGCAGGUGACCCAGAGGGACAGGGACUCCAUCCUCAUCGUCCUGAAGGACUCGGUGGAGGUGGUGAACUUGGAGGGCAUGGCCAACCCAAGAAUGACCUCCAUGACCUUUGACUUCCCCAUCCAGACUCUAGUGUGUUUGCAGGACAGUGUUCUGGUUUUCUGGAGACAUGGCCUGAGGGGGAGGAGCCUGGACAGAGACGAGGUGACUCAGGACAUCACUGAUGAGAGCAGAGUGUUCAAGGUCCUGGGAGAUACCAGGGACAUCAUUCUCCAGAGCACCCCCACCGAGGACGCUUCCUCCCCCAGCAACCUGUACAUCCUGACUGGACACGAGAGCAGUUACUGACAGGGAUCCAGACCAUGACCAGGACCUAGGACAAAUACCAAGACCAGAAACAGUACCCAGACCAGUUCCAGACCCAGUUCUAGACCCAGUACCAAGACCAGACCCAGGACCAAGGCCAGAACCAGGACAAGAUGGCUGUCACUUCCACCCUGGUUUAUGAAUGCUUCUCAGCCAGGACUAUUAAAUGUUGCAGCUGUUUUUUGAAUCAAUUUGGGGAAAUAAACGUCUACAUUUAUUUAUUUAUUUUAUAAAUAAUCAUC